GGCCGUCUCCGGGUGGCACUUUUAAAAAGUAGCUGGUCUGUAGACCUUUCCUGUGGGAUGGAGAGAGAAGAGCCGGGGGAAAGCGCGGUGGUUUGAUGGGGUAGUAGAGCUCUUCCCUGCAUAGGCUGGUCACUCCAGAACGAUGAGAAUGUUUAGUGUCUUUACAUUCAUGGCCUACUGCCAUUUGCUAAAAGCAUUUACGAUCACAGUUUCUAAGGACCUGUAUGUGGUAGAGUAUGGUGGCAAUGUGACAAUGGAAUGCAAAUUCCCGGUGGAAAAACAGUUAAACUUGUUUGCACUAAUCGUCUACUGGGAAAUGGAGGAUAAAAAAAUUAUUCAAUUUGUGAAUGGAAAGGAAGACCUGAAAGUUCAGCACAGCAGCUACAGCCAGAGGGCUCAGCUAUUGAAGGACCAGCUCUUCUUGGGGAAGGCUGCGCUUCAGAUCACAGAUGUGAGAUUGCAGGAUGCAGGGGUUUACUGCUGCUUGAUCGGCUAUGGCGGUGCUGACUACAAGCGGAUUACUUUGAAAGUUCAUGCCCCGUACCGCAACAUCAGCCAAAGAAUUUCUGUGGAUCCUGUCACCUCUGAAUAUGAACUAAUGUGUCAGGCUGAGGGUUACCCUGAGGCUGAAGUCAUCUGGACAAGCAGUGACCACCGAGUCCUGAGUGGCAAAACCACCAUCACUAAUUCCAAUAGGGAGGAGAAGCUUUUCAAUGUGACCAGCACGCUGAACAUCAAUGCAACAGCUAAUGAGAUUUUCUACUGCACUUUUCAAAGAUCAGGUCCUGAGGAAAACAAUACUGCCGAGUUGGUCAUCCCAGAACCACUGCCCGUUCCAACACGUGAGAGGACUCAUUUCGUGAUUCUAGGAUCUUUCCUGUUGCUUCUUGGUGUAGUCCUGGCAGUCACUUUCUGUCUAAAAAAACAUGGGAGAAUGAUGGAUGUGGAAAAAUGUUGCACCCGAGAUAGGAACUCAAAGAAACGAAAUGAUAUACAAUUUGAAGAGACAUAAUCCAGCAUGGGAACUCCUGAUCUUAAAGCAGGGAUUCUCGGCCUGUGGUUUGAGUUCAGCAGAGCUACUCAUGACCAGAGCAGUGCAGAGGGCCAGGCAAGCUGCAGGCGACAUAGGGCUCAGAAGGCCCAAGUGGUGACCAGUGGAAGGUGGGAGAGAAGAGGAGGAGAACAAAGUAAUAAAGAGUAGAGGGGGUAGCCUGCAAGGAGACUUUGGCACUUCAAAACGACUGGGAGAAUCACAGGCACCUACAAAAGAAAGGAAGGACACUUCUGGAAGAUGAACUCCCCAUGAACCGUCCAUCGCUCAUCCUAGGAAAACAAGUUGAGAUUCCCUGAUUUAAUGUGUCAGUUCCUGCAGAAGUGCACUUUGCCUUCGCUCAACGUCUCUAUUUGUUGUCUGUGUGACUGAAGGUCCCAGUGUUGCAACAGUAUUUAAGGAUGUUAUUUCUAUUUAUUUUGAGUCUUUGGAGUCUUGUGUGAGUGUGGUUGUGAGUGAUUUCUUUGGAAGACACAUUGUAGUAGAAGUUAAAAUUUUGUCACAAAACUACAUUUACUGCUUAGUGAGUUGUGUGUGUUCAAUAAAACAUGUAGUAUUUAUAAGGUGUUUGGUAUCCUCCACAGCCGCCAGGACAUGGGAAGCAAGGAGAACAGACCCAUGAUUUCUAUAGGAUAUUCGUUGCCUUAUUUAACCCUCCAGUACUUUGGUUGAUCCUAAUAAUCUUCUCAGACCUGAAGGUAAUAUAUAUUACUGCAGUAUCUGUUCCAUUUUAAAUAUCCGUGUAAACCACUGUGUGGGAUCCUACACAGAAUCUCAUUUAAUGCCUAGGACAGCUGUGUUGUGGUAGGAACUCUUACCAUACCAUUUCACAGUGGAGAGUGCGAAGAGAUGGAGUAACUUGCCUGAGAGAGUAAAUAGCAGACCCUGGAUGUCCACAACUGUACCCCGCCCCCCGCCUUUAGAAUACAGCCUAGAGCUGUGUUUUGCUUUAAGAAAUUCAUUCAUUCAGCAAACAUUUAGGAAGCAGCCGUGUCACUAUGCCAGGUGGUGACUAAGCAAGACAAAGUACCUCUCCCCCCAGGAGCUCACAGUAUCAUGGGGGAGACUGAUAAGAGAAUUCAUCAUUUCAGUAUAGUGCAGUGUCAUAGUAUAAGGUGUUGGAGGAGAACGAUGGCAUGAAGAGGAGAGUCUAGAAAGGUUCCCAAAGGGCGGGGGGCAUACCCCCCAGGGCGUUUCAUCAGUGUGUUCCUUGCAAGUCGAAAAUACAUUUUAAUCAAAGUGAUUUUAGUUUAGGAGAUAAGUCAGUGUUUUUAAAAAAUUGUGGAAAGUAGCUCUCGAAUGCCUUUUCUAUUAUUAUAUUUAUAUCUGAUUUAUUUGCCUUUGCCAUGCAAUCUGACACUCAUGUAUAUGGUGUUGGUAUUGCUCAGUGGUUCUUUCUUUUAUAUAUAUAUAUAUAAGUGCAAUUGAAGUUUGAAUUCAUACCUUUCCAUGAUUCAAAAUUCAGAAAGUCCAAGAGGAGACAUUAAAAAGUCCCCAUUCCAUCCUCCUAGAUACCUGGUUUUCCUUUCCAGAAGCAACCAACUCUUGCCUUUUGUUCUUAUAGUCUUCUAAAGAUAUUCUAGGAAUGUAUGUAGAAAUACAUAUAAAAAGUAUAUUUUUUAUUUCUUCCUCUUUUUUGCAUAAAUGGUAACACACUAUUCACCUGCUGUGCACUUGGCUAUUCUUAUUUAAUAUAUUACUUCUUAUGGUGCCGUUGGAACAAAUGUGAAGUUCCCAUAAGUCAGACACUGGGUCUUGUUUAUUUCUAGAUUAGCUUUUCCAUAGCCUGUUAUUACUUUUAUAAGACUUACUACAUACUAAGUAUGUGCUUCAUUGACAUUUGAACAACCAGCAUUUGUUGAGUGCUUGCUCCAUGACUGAGUUUGGAUUUGGUUUAUUUUGUGUUUCUCAAAGUGAGAUGCUUGGGUUCUCCAGGGUACACUGGCUCAACCUAGUCCUAACGACUGACUUAUUACCAAUUCUGUUCGACAGAAUCCUGUAUGGAACUUGUGUUUUUUUUCCUAUCUGUUUUCUCUUGAGUGAAAACUAGAUUUUGAUAUUGCAGUUGUGAAAUUACAUGGGUGGUUUUUUUUUUGUUGUUGUUUUUGGAAAUUCCAGUAGUGUACCUUGACUCUCACCUGUGCUAAAAAAGGUCAGGAGCUGUGCCUGAACCUCUGAGUCCCACCAGUUCUCAUCACUACAUAGAUCUAAGACGUUGCUUUUCAAAGGCUUUGAGGUUCACGUGUCUCCCAGGAGGUCCUGUGUCUUCCUUCUCUCUUGGCCAUUUACCUGGAUUAUCGACAAAGAAAACCUUCGUUUUGCCACAUGGCAAAGCUGAAGAAACAGAGUCUCUAACAGAACUCAUUGUUACCUUUUGUACAUGUUCGUUUGUACGGUGUCCCUCGUUUGCAUGACAACAUCCUUUGUGAAGUACAAGGAAGGAGUCUGACUGAGCUUACUCCAUUCCUCUUUGUGGUGUUGAAUUUGUCAGGCACUUUAUCCUCUUGUCUUGUGUUUUACUCUAAAUGACAUAGGCAGAAAUGAUACUUAGUUCUACAUUUUAAUUGUCAUUGUUUACAUCUGCAUUAAUUUAAUAAAAUAUUUUUAUUUAU